AUGGCUCGAUCAGAUCGAAAACUAGAUCAAGAAAUUGAAGCAUUCCUCAAUGAGGCUAUGUCAGAUGAUUCAGCAGAGUCUGAGAAAAUAUUACGUAAAGCAGAAUCUAAGCCAUGGUGGUUGGAUGAUGAUGAAUCUGACAAUGAAAUUGGUAAAGGCCAUAUUUUCCUGAAGAGUAAUACCUCUGGACCAACACACAGUACACCAAAUGAUUCAAAGAAGAAAUCUAAUGAAAAUGAAAGAUCAAAUUUUGCAACUGCUCUCAAAGAAAACUCUACCAAAGUGGAACGGGUUUCCAACAGAUAUGCAAGAAUUGGAGAGUUAUCGAAUAAUCAGAAAGGAAUUAAGAGAUAUGAAGGAACUAUAAGUAAAGACAGUUUGGAAGACAUUUCAGAAAAGUCUGAAGAAGAUAGUGAAAGCAAAAGAAAUAAAAUGCAGAAAAAAACUGUAGUUAUCAAUGAAACAACUUCACAAAUGGCUGAUCCUGUUAUCAUCACUGCUAAACAACCAGAAGAUAAAAUGGUGCAUACAGAAAGCCCACCUUUACUUCAAGAAAACAGCCAUCCAGGACAAGAUACUUUGGAAGAAAUGAUGGAUAAACAGAAAUUUUUCUCUGAACUUGAACAGGAUGCUAGUGGCACAUUGGAUUAUGGUCUCUUGAAUCAACAACUCAGUAAGACUACAUCAAUGGACUUAAAUGUUGGUGGAAACAAUGAAAAUUCACCAAUCUUAAAUAGUGCCUAUGGCAAAGAACCUUCUGAGACACCUCCAACUCAACAAAAACCAAGUUUAUUAUCAAAAGUGUCUCUGAUGGAUUCAAUGGGAUCCUCCUUAAAUACAACAGGAACAUCAAUUCAAGUAGAUACUGGAAAUUCUCCUCUUGUCAGUAAAGAACACAACAAAGACGUCUUAAAAGAUACUGAAUUUGUUCCUACACACAAAGAGUAUAGUGGUACAGUCACAAGCCAGGAGAUGGAGGAUUUACAUGUUGCUUUACAGAAUAUUGAUAUGUCAUCAACAAUACCACCAGCUGAUAGAUCUCCUCCUGAUCAUCAAUUUCCAAGUAAUAUUCAUAGAACAGAAUCUGUAGAAGCAGCAACCCAAUUAACAGAUGAAUCCCACAUACAAAGCCCCUCAGAAACUGUCCCAGCAAAUGGUGGUUCUGAUGUUAUAGAUUCAGGUACUAAUAAGCUCACCAUCAAUGAUAUGUUUAAGAAUUCAGAGCCUGAACCAUCAGCAAGACUCAGUAAGCAAGAUACUGAUUCUUCUCUUGAGCAGCCAACACCCGUGGUUUAUGGUUUUGAUCUAAUGCCAGCAGUAGUUGCUCAAAGUCCUGAUCAUGAUCUUAGCACUUCUGUUGCUGCAUCAAUGGAAAUAAUUCAAACUAAAAUGAAAUGUCAGGAAAAAGAUCCUAUUCCUCCUACACAACCCAAGAAGUCAACUAAUAACAUGAAAAUGCAAAAAACUAACCAAUUCUCCAAGUUACCCAGUUCUGGCUAUGGGCAAAGAUCUCUGACAACAUCUAAACUAAAAGCCAAUAGCCAAGUUUCUUCUUCCUGUUCAGCUCCAGUUCACAAACCAGGACUUGCUUCAUGUAAAACAUUUCCCAGUAAGAAUAAACCAACUACCAAUAAUUGCAGAGUCACAUCUGCAUCUGAUCUUCCACCCAACAAUGACAUACAAGAUUCUGAAAUUUCUCAGGCCUGUCCACAAAAAGGUGACAACUGUAAAACUGACAAAAUUAACACUGAACACAUUAAAGAUUUACAAACGGAAGUUGAAUACUGGAAAAAUAAAUGGGAAGAAGAAAAACAGCAACUCCUUCAAUUGAAAGGUAUAAUAGCAGAGAUGGGGUCUAACCAUAAGCACAGUCUGAAUCAACAAAAGCAGAUAUAUGAGAAUGAAAUUGACAGAUUGAAAAAAUCCAACUUUGUCCUCAAUUCCAAGAUCACAAAAGUAGAAGAAAAUGUUUCUGAUCCUGCAAGGUUAUCCUCUGAAGAACUGGCCGAGUUACAGAAAGAAUUGUCUGAGCAACAAGUCUUACUUUCAGGCUAUCAAACAGAAAAUGAACGCCUGUACAAUGAAAUGAAACAGUUGAAAGCCACGUACAAAGUAACUGAAGACAGAAUGUUUCGUGAGAACCAGAAACUUUUGAUGGAACUUAGCAAUCUAAAGAACCAACUAAAAUUCAAAGAAAAUCUGUAUCCAUCCCAAGUCUCUCAACAGAUUGCACCUACUCAUAAUGCCAUGGAAAAUGCUCAUAAGAGCAGUAGCAGUCCCACAAGUAGUGAAAGUGGUUAUUGCACAAAUUGUGGAGGCCAGCCAGCUAUAUUUGCAGUCAGCAAAAUAUCCCAGUUAGAAUCUCAAAGGCAACAUGCUCAGGAUGAGUGUGAACUUGCUAAAAGUCAAAAUUCUAUUUUGGAGAAAACCAAAAAAGAAUUAGAAUCACAGAUUAACCUUCUAAUCCACCAAAAAGAAGAGAUGCGACAGUCACUGCAAGAAGUGAAGAAUGCAAAACUAGAAGAAUUUCAAGUGAUUGAGUGCAAGUUAAAAGAUGAAAGGGACCAAAUGAAGAAGCAACUGCAAUGGUAUGCAUAUAAUCAGCAGCUACUUGACCAAGACAUUGCUGUUUUCAAGCAGAAAGACAAGGAAAUAGAUAAACUGAACAAGAGAAUUGACCAACUUCAAUCUGAGGCGGGGCGUCGUCUAGAAGAAAAUAAAUUGCGGUUAAAAGAAAGAUCAACAUUCCAAAGUCGAAUUCAGGAUCUAGAAAGGCAGGUACGAGAGAUGGAAAGAAUAUUCCAGAAACGUAAUCCAAAUUCCUUGACUACAUUAUUCCUCGCUGCUCAUAACCUUGAAAAAGAUGAGAAUACUAUGUCUAAAGAGUCUCCUCCAGUAAUGAAGGUGCUGGAAGAAAAAGUGAAAAAACUAGAAUCUGAACUGGAAACAAAAGAAAAUCUGGAAGAAAAAAGAAUUAGAUCUGUUGAACAGAAAUACAAUAAACUUAAAUUCCAAUAUGAGGAGCAAAUAGAGAAGCUGGAGCAACAAGUUCGUCAAUUCCAGCAAAAAUCCUCCCUAGGUGAUCAUCCAUAUAGUCAUCGACUGGCCUUGGAAAAAGAGCUGGAAAGUGUAAGAGAAAGGCACCGUAAUGAGACAGCAGAGCUUCAAGUCCAGCUAGAACAAUUACAUGCAACUGUUGAUAAGCUCAAAAAAGAUGAUGGACAUAUGCGUACAGAAAUGGAGGCUACACGAGAAAGGGAGAGUGAAAUCCAAGCCCAGAACCAGGUACUACGAAAACAGCUUGAAAAUAGCAAUCAGCAGGUGACCAUGCUUCGUACUUCUGUCUCCAGAUUGCAGCGGGAAAAGAAACAGCAGCAACAACAGCUGAUAAGGCAGCAGGUAUCUGCCAAACAGAAUUCAAAUACUUUUGAUUUUAAUAAAAGACAAAAAGCUAAAAAGAAUGAUUCUAGUGCUGCCCAGAAGAAAUUCCCACAAGAAAACAAAAAUUUCACUGAAAUACCAGAGGAAAUCUUAGAAGAAAAUGAAUCUCUCAAAACUGAGCUGGAUCAACUACAGUUAACUAUUGAACAACAGAAAAUGGAAUUAUACAAGACAAAGGCUGAAUCUGAAGCUUCUUCUUGGCAGAUGCAGGAAAAACAUCAAGUUCAGAUUGAUGCUUUGAGACUUUCUCACCAGCGAGAACUUCAACGGAUAUUGACAGAGCAAACUUUGCAGAAUUCUACAAAUCAAGUUCCUGAGCUUUUAAGUAAAGUCGAUGCCCAACAAAUAUUGAUAAAUCAUUUAAAAGAGCAGCUGGCUAGUACUCAAGUUGAUAGUGAGAAAUUGUCAGCCCUUAAGAUUCGAGAAGUGGUUCUGGAAAAUCAGGUGCAACAGUUGGAAGAUGAGCUUAAAGAAGCCAAAGCAUCAUACAGCCCAGAUCGGCGCCACUUUGAGAACCUUGUGAGCAAAAUCCAAGAGCUUGAAAAUAAGCACUCUGUCAGGGAAAAAGAAUUACAGAAUAUCAUCAAGAAUGGCAUGAAAUUGCAGGCACCUGAAUUAGAGAAAGAGCUAACUCUUAACACUCUGGACACAGCUGUGAAGCUGGUCAUGUUCUGCAGUCAGUGUGAUCUAAGGAAGAAAUCCAUGACAUCAUUGGUCAUCUGGAAAAAAUUGUUGCUUCUGUAUAUGUUAACCUGCCAUUGCUCAGCAUUUAACUUGGAUACUAAAUACCCAAAGGUAGUUAAACACCAAGCAAAUUCUUAUUUUGGAUAUUCGGUUGCAUUUUGGAAUGGACCAAAUGGAUACAAAGUUUUGGUUGGUUCGCCAAAAGCAAAACCCAGAAAUAUGGUGACAGGAGGUCUUUUCAGGUGUGACAUUAAAACUGGAUCUUGUAAGAUAAUUAAUGUGGGUCAAAGUUCAACUGACUCAUGGCUUGGAGUUUCUCUGGAUGUCAGCCCAAUGAAUCAAAGCCUUAUAACAGUUUGUGGUCACCGGGCAAAAACAUUUCAACAAAGAAGGGAUAUGGUCAGUGGAGUUUGUUAUCAGUUAAAAAAUCAAAAAUUAACCAAAAUUCAAUUAAAACACCAUCAUGAUUUACUUGGAAUUUCUGUUCAGUAUGCAAAGAGAAGCCAUAUUUUGCUUAUUGGAGUGCCUGGUCUUUCUAUCUUUAGAGGUGGAUAUUAUGUGGAGUAUUUUUAUGGAUCAAGUGAAGAUGCAUUAAAAUAUGAGAAAUAUACAUAUUCUGGUUACUGUGUGGCUAUUUUAAACAACAGAUCUGCCAUUGGGAUGCCCAGGUAUCAGCAAUAUGGAGGUGUUAGCUAUGAAAAACAAGUAAUAACAUUUAAGUCCAAAUAUGCUUUUGGAAGUUAUUUUGGAUCAGCCCUUGCAGCUGUUGAUUUGAACAAUGAUGGUAAAGAAGAUUUGGUUGUGGGUGCCCCUUACUAUUCAGAAAAAUUUGUAGAAGAAGGUCGAGUCUAUAUUUUUUUCUUUUCUGUUCAUAGACUAAAAAGUACUGCAAGCAUUAUUCUGUCAGCACCAAGUUAUCGAGGUCAAUUUGGAAAGACACUUGCUUCAGGAGACUUCAAUAAUGACAGGUAUUCAGAUGUUAUUGUUGCUGCACCGUAUGAAAAUGACGGAUCUGGCACUAUUUAUCUCUUCAGUGGACAUCGAUUUGGUCUUCACAAAACUUUCUCCCAAAAGAUUCAAGGGAAAGACUUUAAACAAAACAUUCUAUCUUUUGGGAUUUCUUUCUCUCGGACAGCAGAUAUUGAUUUCAAUGGUUACCAAGACAUUGCUGUGGGUGCCUACUUGUCUGACACAGUCUUUGUCUUCUAUGGACGUCCAAUUGUGCAAAUAAAAGGAUCUUUGAAAGCUGAGCCCAAAAUUCUGUCUUUAUGCACAAAUUGUUGGCAAGACAAUAAAUCUAUUUUUACAUGGCUUCAAGCAGAAAUAAAUCUUGGAAAAAUGGAUCCAAUGAUAUUCAAUAUUCAUUUUAACACUGACACCAAUCGAAAACCAUCUGCUAAAAGAACUUCAAUUGAAAAUGACCAGAAAGAAUUUAUGGACACAGUGAAAAUCACCCAGUUUUUUAGAAAGAAAUUUUUUGUUAUUAUUAAGAACACAGUGGACAUUUUGGAACCUAUCAAUUUCACAUUUACUUAUUAUUUAAAAGACCAAGGUUAUUCUCCAGUUUGCAACAGCACUUGUCCAAUAGCAAAAAAUGGCAGUUUUUCCACACUGGUUAAAUUUGAUAUUGGCUGUGGAGCUGAUGAUACCUGUAAUACUUAUCUAAAAAUAUCAAUGAGGGAAAAAGUUUCUCAGUUGAUUCUGGGGAGAGAUCAGAAGUUUGUAUUGUUGGCCCAAUGCCAUCAAGAAAAAGAUAAAGAACUGACUUGCUUUUUGGGCCACCCACUGAAAGGAAAUAGCAGUGUGCUUUUUGAAGUUAUUUUUUUUAUUAAUAUGACAACUAAAGAAAAAUCAAUCGAUCUGAUGAUGAAUGCAACAACAAUCAGCAAUGUUUCAGAUGAGUAUGUAAAUAACACACAAAAGCUGACAGUUCCAAUAUACCUUGAAUCAAAACUUGAAGUCACAGGAUUUUCCUUCCCAGAAAGCAAUGUAUUCAGAAGUUCCACUUCUAAAGUGAUGAAUAUGCUGCACCAAUAUGAACUGAGGAAUAAUGGACCAAGUGAUGCCUUAGCUGUGAGAUUCCAUGUACUAAUUCCUCAAGCCAUUUUCAAAGACAUUUCAUUACUCAUCUUUCGGAAAGUUCAGGUAAAGAGAGAUGAUGGCAAAAUAUUCAAUAACACCUGUCAUUCGAAGCCAUAUGCAGGAACUAAUGAAGAUUUUAAAGCAACCAUACAGCAUUUGAAGCACAAUGGUAAUGUUUUUAAUUGUAGUGGAUUCAAGUGUCGCAACUUGAGCUGUGAACUGGACCAGAUACAAAAAAAUGAGCCUGUUAUUCGAAUUCAGAUUUACUUUGACAUUCAUAUCGAGCUCCUCAAAUUUUUCCAGGGUCAGAUUCGAAGCAUACACAUGGUUACGACCAGCACUCUAACACAGCUUCACAGUGACAGACUAAAAGUUGUGCAUUCUGAUCAUGCUAAGGCAAAGUCAACUAUUAUAAUCACCCGUCUACCAGCCAAGCUGAAAUGGUGGGUUGUCAUCUGCAGUGUUGCAGUUGGACUGCUUACCCUCCUUAUCUUCAGUAUUUUACUUUGGCAUUGUGGCUAUUUCCAACGUGUCCGAGUGAACAAAAGACAAUUAAAGGAAGAAAGAGCUGCAGAAGAAUGUAGCCUUUUUGAACAUGAGGCAGACAAUUUCAAUUUGGCUUUUGAGAUCUUUUCCUUUUUUUUAUUUUACAAAUUUAUCUUAUUUUUCCUUCUUCAUUCUCUCUUUCUUAUAUCCCUUUCCCCCCUCCCCCACAUUUUUCCUCGGUACAGUUAA